GGCAUGUAAAAAGUCGUACCUCGAGCUCUAAUACGAACAGAAAGAGACAGAGCAAAGUGUCCCUGUUGGAGAGGUGUCUAAUAUUUAGUGGUUAUGUAGCAAAUUUUUAACGGUGUAAUUUACAUAAUUCUUAAUGUACAGCAUUUCUCAGUCAUAGACUGUAUACAAAUAAUGCAUAACUAUAUAUGUCUGAUAUUCACGUAUAUGUUAUGCAAGUCACCAACACUUGAACAAGAACUACUCUCUAGAAUGAUGUUUGUGCAUGAUGUUACCCUGAGUGUAUAUCCACACCGGGCAAGCUUGAAAAAUAUGCCUGGCCACGGUGGGAAUCGAACCUACGACCUUUGGAAUACUAGCUCCCAAACAUCUAUGGCGAUAAGUAACUGGGGUAACCUGUUGCACCUAGUUGGCUAGUAUUCAACUUUUACCAUUUGUAAUUGGCAUAGGCUAAUAAAGCGAUUUAAAAAUUUUCCUCACUUUUAGUGUUCCACGACAUGUGGUCAGGGUAUUAUGACAAGAUCACUAAAAUGUCAAAUGACAAAUGAUCAAGGAGGAAUUACAUCUUUACCAAUACAUACUUGUGAACAUUAUCAAAUCGCCAAACUACCGACAGAAGGAAAUUGCAAUUUUGACAUUCCAUGUGUAGGUAAGUGCGACAUUGGUGUGUUAGUUUCCAUUUUAUUUGUAACAAUUUCAUGGUAUUAUGUCCAUGGUCAUCUUUCUUUGUUUCCUUAUUCGUCUGUUUGUCUGUCUGUCAGCAGGACAACUCAAAAAGUGCCAAAUUUGAAAUGAAUAAACGCUGAGCAAUUCAUAAUUAUUUUGUAAAACCUACCUUUCAUGCUCCUUUUUUUAAAUAGCAAAACCGAACUACAGUCCUCUGGGAUGUUUUAAAGAUGAUGAUGCAGACAGAACAUUCCCGAGAUAUCUUAAAAAUCUUCGACUAGAAAUCGACUGGUACAAUAUAAAUGCUACUAUCAAGGCUUGUGCUAAACUGGCAAAGGAACACAAUGUGGUGUAUUUUGCCAUUCAGUAUUACGGUGAAUGUUGGACAGCUAAACCAGGAACAGUUCCGGAUUACGACAAGCAUGGACCUGCAGACAAUUGCUGGAGUGGAGUUGGCGGCAGCUGGUCUAAUUAUGUGUACAAGAUGAUCACUGGAUGAAAUAUUAUAAUUGGUGAUAAAUAUAGUGUUUGAUGUAACUAGUUAUCAAGGCAAAUGGUUGAAUUUAUUGCUAUUAAAAUAUUCCAGUGAUUGUUAUUUGCGUGUUGCUAUUUACUGGUGUUCUAUUUUCAUACCCUGACAAGUUAGCUAUCCUGUAGUUAUGUAGUUCUCCAUGUUGUUUCCUAACUCCUGCAUGUUUUUCAAACGUGAGAUAAGCAUAAGAAGGUGAAUAAAAAUACUUUAUAUCUGGGUUUGCAAAUCCAAGACAGAAACUAAGUAUACAGUUUUACUUAUAAUUACAAAUUAAUAUUGACAAAUUAAUGGCGUGAGUUGAGAUAAAAUUGGUGCGACUCGCCAUCGACAAAAUAGCACGACUCAUGAAGAAUUAGUGCGACUCGCCAGGGACCUAAUGUUGCAUUUCUUGCAGCAUUUUUCGCGAGUGAGACGCCAACAAAAUAUUGACCGAUUGAUCCAUUAAUUUGAUCCUUUUGGACACUUUUUAAUGGUUUUAGAUGUACUUUAUUAGAUG